GGAGAAAGUCGAGGUCUGAUGUUAGUUUACCACAGAAACGAAGAAUAGUUGUGAUACUGAUGAUGCUGUGAUCGAUACUGUAGAAAUGAUAAAGAAUGAUGAAAAAUAAUGAUGAUGCAAUAGUAAAAACGAAAACUAACUGAAAACAUAUGAACGAUCCGUAUAUAUUUAUAUUCUCAAACGGAGAAAGACAAUGGCGAGGUUAAAUCAUACAAAUUGAAUAGCUACCAAUUAGAGAAAAAAUCAAAAGUGGUGAUGUGUGAGGUGACUUCCGGCAAAGAUGCAACCCUCAUAGUAGUGGAGGUGGUGACUCAUCGCAAAGAACUGACUCAACACCAUGGCGCGGUGAAGUGUGCGUGAGGCAACGACUGACUUGUUGAGGCGAACUGAUCACUAAGGAGGCGACGAAGGAAAACAAGAGUCUUCUGUAGAUAAAGGACUGAGAACACAAGGGCAUCGCAGAGAAUACCACCACCAACACCACACACAGACAGACACAGCCCGCGGCAUGGGCAAGGCGGGCGUGGUGGCAGUGGCGGCGACGGUGGCGGCGGCGUGACGGCCCUGCAGGACCCUCGAGUCGCCCAGGAUGCCCCGCCCACCCUCGGGAGGAUGGCUGCCGGCGGCCAUCCUCUGUCUGGGACUGGCGGCUGAGGCAGGCAGCAAUCCCGUGCACGCCCCCACGGCCAGCUGGGCGGGCGCACAGCCAGCUGCGGAGGAGUUCCCACGCCAGCGGCACUUCAGCCCGGCGCGCCCCGAGGAGCGGUACGGCCCGCCGCGCCAUCAGUACCCGCAGUAUGGUGGAUACGCUCACCGCACCCUGGAGGCCAAGGCGGCCCAACAGCGGCUUGACUACGAGCUGGAGCAGCCGUACCAGCACGACGUGAACCUGUACGAGUACUCCUACACGGAGAGCAGCACGCACGGCGACCAGGCCAGCAAGUACGGCCGGGUGAGUCCGCGGCGGCCGCCAGCGGGAGACGCAGCCUCGCUGCCUCGCCGUUAUGGGGGGCGCCUCUGGUGGACAGGCGUGCCCUUGCCCGUGGUGGGCGCUCAUGGUGACCCGUACAUGCCCCGCCCCCUUGGUCCUGAAACCCAGCAGGGGCGGGGUGGCGGCGAGGCACGCCGCGGGGCACCAACGCGUCGCCUGCUGCACAACGAGUCCCUGGCGGGCGGGGCGCGCGUCCAAAAGUCGUUGCAGCAUUCUGGACUCUUUGGUCAGGACUUUUCUGACGUGCGGGCGGCGCCCACCACCACUCCCGCCCCAACGCAACCCCGCGCCAGGCAACCCAGCGGGCUGGAGUCCUUCCUGCACCUGAUAACGGAAGACGAGCCCUCUGGGGCUGCCCCGGGAGAGGUGGUGCCAGAAGCCCCUGGAAAUGAGAAGAGUCACAGCCGCAGCAGCAGGGGUCGCGGGUGGGAAGGGCAGGCGGACUCCAGGGAGGGUCAGCCAGCGCCUGCGCCCGUCACCGCCACGGCCGUGCUGGGCUCCGUCAUGCUGCUCAUCAUCCUCGUGGUGGUGAUGGUGGCCCUCCGCGUCCAGUGGAGGGAGAGGGUGAAGGGGGAGGAGGAGUGGCGGGUCGGCUCCCCCACCGUCCAGCCCCCUACCCCCGCCCCGUCCAACACCACCGCCCCCUCCCCCUCCUCCUCGCACCACCUCAGCCCCCUCGACCACCUCCACCCAGAGCCCAUCAGGAUAAAGGCGAAAGGUCUGCUGGAGAGGCGGGGCUCCAACACCAGCCUCACCCUGGAGCUGGCCACCCCGGGACCUCCCCUCGACGUGGCCUCGCCCCCCCGACACUGCACGCCGGAGGAGUUCCUGAUGACGGCGGGCAACAGGAUGAGUCGGCGGCAGCUGCGGCAGUGCCUGAAGGAGGGCCGGGCGCUGCACGCGGAGUUCUGGGAGGUGCCGCUCAACCACCCGGACAAGUGUGACGUGCCGGGCAGCGCCUCCAAGAACAGGUACCGCACGGUGCUGCCCAACGAGGCCACGCGCGUCAUGCUGCGCUCCCACGACCCCGCGGACCAGUACAUCAACGCCAACUAUGUGCGGGGUUAUGACGGGCAGGAGCGAGCCUACAUAGUGACGCAAGGCCCGCUGGCGCACACGGUGGUGGACAUGUGGCGGCUGGUGCUGCAGGAGCGCGCGCCGGCCAUCGUCAUGAUCACCCGCCUGAAGGAGAAGCAGCGGGUCAAGUGUGAGCCCUACGUGCCCGCCCACACCGCCACCUACGGUGACAUCACUGUCACCGUGCGGCAGGUGAUCGUCAAGAGCGGCUACACCAUCAGGCAGCUCUCCCUUCAGCGAGGGGACGAGCGCCACGACACACUGCACUUUUGGUACACCGCUUGGCCGGACCACAAGGCGCCCUCCGAGGCCGACCAACUCCUGGCGAUGGCCCUGCAGGUGGACCACGUGCGGAAGCAGGCCGGGGCGGGGGUCAUCGUGCACUGUUCGGCGGGCAUCGGGCGCAGCGGGUGCUUCGUGGCCAUCAGCAUC